GUGGCUAACAAUGUCACUGAGUUUAUAUUCCUAGGACUUUCCCAAGAUCCUGGAAUGCAACUGAUGUUCUUUGCCUUAUUUCUCCUCUUCUACAUUGUGAUCAUGGUGGGAAAUCUGCUUAUUCUGCUUACGGUGUUUUCUGAUCCCCGGCUCCAUACACCCAUGUAUUUCUUCCUCAGUAACCUGUCCUUUGUGGACAUUGCCUAUUCCUCAGCCACAGCACCCAAGAUGAUUGCAGACUUUGUUUCCGAGAAAAAGACCAUUUCCUACUGGGGCUGUGGAACUCAGAUGUUUACCUUCCACUUUUUUGGUUGUGCUGAGAUUUUUGUCUUGACCGUUAUGGCUUUUGACCGCUAUGCUGCCAUCUGCCAACCACUCCGUUAUACUACCAUCAUGAGUGCCAAUGCCUGUAUUGUGCUGGCAUCACUGUCCUGGUUGGGAGCCCUGGCUCAUUCCUUUUUUCAGACCCUCCUGACCUUUCAGCUACCUUUCUGCAAUAAUCAGGUCAUUGACCACUACUUUUGUGAUGUCCACCCCAUCCUGAAACUUGCCUGUGCUGAUACAACCCUGGUAAACAUGUUGGUGAUUGCCAACAGUGGUCUCAUCUCUCUGGGGUGCUUCCUCAUUCUUCUGGCCUCCUAAGUCAUUCUAUUUAGUCUUCGCAAGCAGUCUUCAGAGAGCCAGCGCAAGGCUCUCUCAACCUGUGGGUCUCAUUUCACUGUAGUAACUUUCUUCUUUGUCCCUUGUAUCUUUAUUUAUCUCCGUCCAUCCACUACUUUCCCACUAGAUAAGGCUGUGUCUGUGUUCUAUACUACCAUCACCCCAAUGUUAAACCCACUCAUCUACACUCUAAGGAAUGAGGAUGUAAAGAAUGCCAUGAAACGGAUAUGGAGUCACAAGGUCUCCUUGAAGGAAAAGCAGAAGAGAUAG